UAAAGCACCAGUGACACUUCAUGGACUUUCUCAGUUUUCAGACUACUCCUAAAUUUGAAGAUCAUGACACGGCUUGUCUUUUUUCCUCCGUGCUACUGAUUUUGUAAUGUUAGUUAGUAGUUAUGCGUGUGAAAAAUCAGAGGUUUUCUCUAGCUGUGCAACAUUCAGGAAAUACUGUGUUGUACUUCCUUCUUUUUUAAGCACGUAUAUUCCAGACAUCUUGUUGGGCAACUGUAAAUUAUUGCUCGGCUGGUAAAACUAGUGGGAAAAUAACUCGUGCUCAUUAAGUACAUAAUAGGUGUACUUCCCAAAACCACACCCCUUGAAACAGGCUCUUUGAUAAAGGAGCUGCACUACUUGCCACGAGUUAGUCUGCUUUGUGGGACGCCAUGGACCGACAAGUGAGCAUUGUUUCAAGGCAAGAGUGGGGAGCAGCCGCUGCCAAACAAACCAAGGCUCUGAAAGGACCUGCCCGAAGAGUUGUUAUCCACCACACUGCCUACCCAAGCUGCAAAGGCCUGGCUGAGUGCAAAGCCAGCCUUGUCAGUAUUCAGAGAUACCACAUGAAAGACAGAAAGUUUGAUGAUAUUGGAUACAAUUUUCUUGUUGCUGGAGAUGGGACUGUGUUCGAGGGUCGUGGCUGGGGUGUGAUGGGCGCACAUGCCAAGGACCACAACAGUGACUCACUGGGAAUUGCCUUCAUGGGGAAUUUCAACAAUGAGACGCCGAGUGAAAAAGCAGUCGUUGCGGUGAAACAGCUGCUGCAGUCUGGAGUUUCCGCAGGAUUUCUACAGCCUGGGUUUGACCUGUAUGGACACAGAGAUCUGGGAAACACAGAGUGUCCAGGAGAAAAGCUUUACGCCGCACUGCCACGACUGAGGAGCACGUCGUGAACCUCGCAGACGAUUUGUCAGUGUUUUGAGAAAUUGCACCCCUUCCUUAAAUUGCACACAGACCCCAUGACCAGCGUCUGUGAAGUAAGCAAGGUGUUAGGAGGAAGAAGCUUUCUAGAUCCGACACUAAUGCUCAGGUUUCUUUUUUCCUCGUCACAUUAUAUGCAUAUUAUUUGCACAUUAUUAUAUUUUUUAUUAUCUGUUAGCAGGAAGAGUCUGUUUUCACAGCCUGUCAGAGCUUUCUUUUACAGCAGAGGGAGCCGUUGCAUGGGAUGAGAAUAACGCAGGCUUUAUCUGUUUAGAAGUGCAACUGGAAACUCAAUGAUUAAUUGGUUAAGAAUUGACAAAAAGUCUUAUAAUUUAAAAGCUAUGAUUCUUAUAAUUGCUGUGUGAUGUCAACAUAUAGAAAGCACCGUAAAGAUUUCAAAUUGUGUCACAUUUGUUGCAUCUUCGAGAUCAGCAGACUAAGCUGAAGAUCAAAGUAAAAGAAAAUUCUAUAUAGAGCUAUUUAAAACUUAGUGCUGACAACAUAUAGGCAUAUAGGGAAUAAUAUAUGGGGAUUCUAAGUUAUUGUGGACCUCUGACCUCUUCUACAAGGUCAAAUUUUUAUAAAAUGUCUUGUAUCUUUAAAGUUGUACUUAAAAUUCUGCUGCCUUUGUUUGUAUUGGCAACAAUCAGGAAAUAACUCAGGUGUAUGGGGAUUCAAAAUAUCACAUUAUAGUUUGGCUUUUAAAUUUCACAUCCGCCUUUCUUUUAUGCUGACCUCAGAAAUGUGUUUUAUAUUUAAAGAGAGAAUUGAGACAAAGACAAUGAGCUUCCUAGUUAGUUAGAAAUAUAUUGUAGUAUCCUAUUAUAUAAUAAGUUAUUCAUGUCCCAUUAUUUACAAAUCAGUACCUAUUAUUCAUUAUCUACUUCUCUAAAAUGUAAUGUAAAUGUAUAAAGUAAACAUCUGUCAAAUUUCUCCUAACUAAUUUUUUCUUAAAGGACGUUUAAAAAGAACAAAGAAAAUAAAAAGAAUACAAUAAAAACACAAUAUUGUUCCUUUAAAAGUUAAAAACACACAAACUGAGCUGUCUUGGCAGAGGUUUGCAGUCUCAGAGUGCUUCUUUUUAUUACUCGAUUCAUUGUUUGUUUGAUUUUUUUUUUUACGUAUGCGAGGAAUUUUCUCUUUUUCUCUAUCACAAACACCACACAGGGUGAAGGGUUUUUUUUGUAUGUAGUUAGAAGAGUUAAUGAUAAUGAUAUUAUCACAAUAUCUGUAAGAAAUUCCAAGAAGCUACUUGUCUAAGCUAUCUUUUAGUUUGUUUAUUGAGUGUUUUGUUUCGUUUUUGGCAAACAGAUUAAAGUUCAAAUAACAGUUGCAGAAGCCCGUGAGACUGUAGCCAUAACUGUGCAAAAAGAACAACUACACCUCAAGGUAAUGUAAACUAAAGGUGAACAAGACCAAACAUCUGCCACUCAGGUGAAAUAAUCACUUGCAAGAGGCAGAAAAAAGAACGUUUGUGUGCGAGACCACGGGCUCACAAAAAUAGAAUAUGUGUAUUAUUAAAAUAAUAAUAGAGUUUUUUAUCACAGUUAGCUAUGCUGGCAUAUCGCAGCAACACUUGUUAAACCGCAGAAUAAUUAUUAAGUAUAUUAUUGAACAACAAACAAUCUUUACAAGUCCUGUUUUCUCAUGCAAAUGUCCUUCAAAUAUCUCUGCAAAAAACACUGUAAACAACACAAGAUAUGGAAUCAAGGGCAUUGUAAGUGCUGAAACAACAAUGCAUGCUUUCUGCAGUGCCAGAAACAUUCCCAACAAGUGCUCACUUGUGCAGCACACAGAUUAUGGAGGAGGGCCCUAUCAAACAGGCUAAAUGGCAAAGGUAUUAGACUGUAUGACUAAUCCUUGUCUUCAUGACUAAUAUAUAGUAGACUUUAUUGUUGUCAAUGAUCAGUGUAACUGAACAAGAUGCUAGGACACAGCUACAGUGAAAGUUCAAUGUGUUCAGACAGGGAAGGGAAGUGCUGUGUAAGUUCUAAUAGAUUCAUCAAAUUAAAUGGAUUUCUUUCUUCUGUGAGAAGAAUUUGAAACAAUAAUCCAACCAAGAAGCAUGUAUAUUAUUCUUUUAUUAUUAUUACCUUGUCAUUGUCGGAACAGAUAUUAGAUAUCACUGCACUGGCUAUACAUGAAUCUUUUUAAAUGUUUGUUGAGCAACAAACUUAAUAAACUAAGUCAAAGUAA